AUGAAGAUUCCACCCAGGGCAAGGGCUGCGAUAGCUCCUACUGCCACACCAGCGAUGAGACCUGCCGAGAGCCCUGAGUCUGGAUUUGAUGGGGAUGGUGGUAGAGAAAUGGUAGAAGACGAAGAAGCCGGUCCUUCCGAGGAGGAUGCCGAGGCUGCUCUUCUAUUUGAUGAAGAAGUAGAAGUUCCUGUCUGUGCCAUUGUCGUGGAUCUGUAUUCCUCUCCGACUGUCCUUGUUGCCGUGAUCCUGGCUGCAAUACUUGUCGGAUCAACGGGUGUCGGCAAGGCAUUCAUCGCUCCGCCAGCUACACUUUCAAUCACUGCCGUAAGAACUAUCACGCCCUUGCUUGACAGAAUUAACGACACAUCACCCACAAUACUCGACAAAAAAUCGCCUAUCUGCCGUUUUCGCCGUGCGUGCUCCUUUUGGACCUCAUCCACUGUUACGCUUCCUGCCGCACGACAAGUGUUGCGGGCAUUUUCCUCCAUGAUGGCACGAUCCGUAUAG